GCCGGCGACGGUUAUCUUCGACGUGAAUCACAGCAGCAGACACUGAUCUCAGCUCAGCUCUCCCUGAAAGAAUCUGAGCUUCCUUCCAUCACGGAGAGAGAGAGAGAGAGGAUGCACUCCUGGGUUCGAGCUUCUUCCUCCGAUUUCAGUGGCUCUCUUCCUCCGUCCCGCAGCGGCCAUACUGCGGUCAACAUCGGCAAGUCGAAGGUGAUCGUGUUCGGCGGUUUCAUCGACAAGCGAUUCCUCAACGACAUCUUCGUCUACGAUGUCGAGAACAAAGUGUGGUUUCAGCCUCAGUGUACUGGAAGUGGGGCUGAUGGGCAAAUUGGUCCUAGCCCCCGAGCAUUUCAUGUUGCUGUUUCAAUUGAUUGUCAUAUGUUCAUAUUUGGGGGACGCUGUGGUAGCCAAAGAUUGGGUGAUUUCUGGGUUCUUGAUACUGAUAUAUGGCAAUGGACAGAACUAACAAGCUUUGGUGACUUGCCUUCACCAAGGGAUUUUGCUGCUGCUGCUGCAAUUGGCAACCAAAAAAUUGUUAUGUAUGGCGGAUGGGAUGGUAAAAAAUGGUUAUCGGAUGUAUAUGUCUUGGAUACAAUCUCACUGGAGUGGACGGAGCUUUCAGUGACAGGAUCACUGCCACCUCCUAGAUGUGGCCAUACAGCUACUAUGGUUGAGAAACGUCUACUUGUUUAUGGGGGCAGAGGAGGUGGCGGGCCAAUCAUGGGUGACUUAUGGGCUCUCAAAGGCCUGAUUGAUGGAGAGAAUGAAGCACCUGGGUGGACACAACUAAAGCUUCCUGGGCAAGCUCCUUCAGCCCGCUGUGGCCACACUAUUACAUCUGGAGGGCUUUAUCUGUUAUUAUUUGGAGGGCAUGGAACUGGUGGUUGGCUUAGCCGCUAUGAUAUUUAUUAUGACGACUGUAUUAUUCUGGAUAGAGUGUCUGCGCAGUGGAAGAAAUUGCCCAUAAAAAAUGAGCCCCCUCCAGCUCGUGCGUAUCAUUCUAUGACAUCUAUUGGGUCCCGGCAUCUGUUAUUUGGUGGUUUUGACGGGAAAACAACAUUUGGCGAUAUAUGGUGGUUAGUUCCAGAAGGUGAUCCAAUUGCAAAACGACCUGCUGAAGAUCCGUCACCCGUUGUCCGUGAAGAUAAGGAUUUGGCAUCGACAAACAAUAAUGACGAAUCGACUCGAGAGGAAAAGCAGGGGGUAGAAAAUGCAGUCUCAGAAUUGCGAAAGCGAUUGGAAAUAUCCUCCUCUCUCUCUAGAUUGGGUCCUCAAAUCAUAGAUGAGUUGGAGGACAGAGAGUUUUGUGAAUUGGCAUCAACAAUGAUGGAUGGAAAAUCAAGCGGUGAAAAGGACUCCAAAAAGGCACUUCGUGACCGCUGGAAGAUAGUGGACCCUAAAGCUAUACAUCUCAAGGAGCUCGGGCCCUUGCUUCGUGAUUACCAACGCAUGAUUUUCCAUGAAGUAGCAAAUAAAGAAUCGGAUCCACAAACAAUUGAGUCUGAACUACGAAGGAUGGAAGCACAUCGAUACUAUCAUUUGAAAAGUGCAUCCCAGCUGCGCAUGGAUGAUAUUCCAAAGCUGCUGGAAGAGUACAAGAAACUUACAGACGAUUGAGCCAAACGUAGUUUCCGACAUUUUGCUGCGCUUUUCAGAAGUAAUGGAGGUACGCCCGAAGAGAUUUUCCAUCUAUUUCUUAAAAUUCCUCGACCAAGCAAACUAUCGCAAGAAUGUGUCUGUCUUCUGCGGCCCAGUUUGUAAACUUCUAUGUUGUACAUGUAUGGAUUCACUUACAAGGAUUUGUGUACGCUCAUUGUUGAAAAACUUAUGUCAGCAGCUAAAUUUAUUACAUUUAUCCGAGGAUGAAGGACUCUUUGUUACACGAAAAUAUAGUGUCAGAGGGGAAAUUGAUUUCCCCUUCUUCCA